ACGCCUCUUAACGCUCCUGGUUUGUUUGUGAGCGGAAUUCAAGAUGGCGGAGACUGAGGAAACAAAACCAGCAACCUGCACGUUUCUUUUUAAGAAAUCGAGCAAGAAAUUCUCCGCACGCAAAAGAAAAGCCAGUGACAGCGACAAAGACAGAAGCAGCGAUGAGGAGAAAAACGCCGUGGUGAAAAGGGAGAAGAAACCAAGCUCUCACAACCCCAUGAUACAGCGGACCAAGAAGGUGGAAAAAGAAGUGGUUUCCUCCAGCGAAAGUGAUGAAGACAAAGAAGCCAAGAAGAUCACAGUGGCUUAUAAAUCCACUCGCUCAGCGAAACCAGAGGGACCGGACGACAUGGGAGCCACCGCCGUGUACGAGCUGGACACCGAGAGAGAUAAAGACGCUCAGGCCAUCUUUGAACGCAGCCAGAAAAUCCAGGAGGAACUGCAAGGUAAAGAGGAUGAUAAAAUCUACCGCGGCAUCAACAACUAUCAGAAGUUCAUUAAGCCUAAGGACACCACCAUGGGUAAUGCUUCAUCUGGCAUGGUCAGGAAAGGACCAAUCAGAGCCCCUGAGCACCUGAGGGCUACAGUGCGGUGGGACUACCAGCCCGACAUAUGCAAAGAUUACAAAGAGACGGGCUUCUGUGGAUUCGGAGACAGCUGCAAGUUCUUGCACGACCGCUCCGAUUACAAACACGGCUGGCAGAUCGAGAGGGAGCUGGAGGAGGGACGCUACGGUGCUAACGACGAAGAAAACUAUGAGGUGAGCAGCGACGAGGAGGAUCUGCCUUUCAAGUGCUUCAUCUGCAGGGAUUCGUUCAAGAACCCGAUUAUAACAAAGUGUAGGCAUUAUUUCUGCGAGGCCUGCGCUCUGCAGCACUACCGCAAGUCCAAGCGCUGCUACGUCUGCAACCAACAAACCAACGGAGUCUUCAACCCAGCCAAAGAGUUGAUGGCGAAGAUGCAGAAACGUGAGGCUGCUGGAGACCAGCCACCGUCAGACGAGGAAGACUAGCAUUCCUGUCACCUCCCUGUCAUUCCCGUCCUGCUGUUCCCGUUAUUCCCCGAGUUUUGUAAAUUAAUUAAUAAAAAAUAAAUUCUCUCUCUCUUUUUUUUUUUAACCACUUGUUUGUUUAACCCUUUGUCUCCGUU